AUGAAAUCCUUUGUUGGCCUCAUCUUGGCGGCUUUGACCGCCUCAUCUCUUUCCUUCACUGCUCAGUCUAGUUUUCUCUCCAAGAAUGCUCUGGCAGCACCUCGAUCCGAUAGUCAGCUCUCCAUGGCCAUGGAACGAACCUACAUCAUGGUCAAACCCGAUGGCGUCCAAAGAGGAAUUGUGGGAAACAUCAUUUCCAGAUUUGAACAAAAGGGAUAUGUGAUGGUUGCCAUGAAGACUCGAAUGGCCACACCUGAACUUCUGGAUGAACAUUACUGCGAUUUGGUCGAGAAGCCAUUCUUCCCAAAACUCAGGGAAUACCUAUUGAGUGGACCUGUCGUCUCCAUGUGCUGGGAAGGAAAGGAGGCCGUUUCCACUGGACGAAAGAUGCUUGGUGCCACCAAUCCCCUUGAAUCUGCCCCUGGAACUAUUCGUGGUGAUUUCUGCAUUGAGGUUGGAAGGAAUAUUUGCCAUGGCAGUGACUCCGUUGAGAAUGCCAAUAAGGAACUGGCUCUGUGGUUCGAGGAGUCCGAGCUUUUGGACUGGGAAUCUCACUCUCAUGACUGGUUGUAUGAAUAG